GUAAAAUACCGGGAGGCGACACGAGAUGCACAACCGCGUCGGAUGAUUGCCUCAGCUCGGGCACGAGUGCUGAGACCUCACGCGCUGCAUGGCGAGGGACUUCCCAUGAGGUCAAAGCGGCGCAGGUCAUGCAAAAGGACGCGUUCGCUGUUUGGUCCAAAAAAUUUGAAAACUCAAUAAAAUUAUCCUGCACACAACGAAUCCAGUGUCAGCAGUUCGUUUUGUUUUUCUAAGUAAUAAUACUUUGUGCCUUGGCCUUCGAAGUAAAGGAUGAUGGAGCUUGACAGAGAUGACUGCCAAAGUGAUGAGUCCACCGUGGAAGAUGUAGAUGACGCCACGUAUUCACUUGGUGACCUGAGUUGUGGGGAUGUUCAGCUGUGGGCUACAGAUCGAUGUAAGAGUGGUAGUGCCAUCAUGGUGUACAGGCCUAUGGAAGGUGCAGUGAUCCAUGGAAUUUGCAAACUGCUGACAAUGAGACAGGCGAGUGUUACUGAGGCGACGGAGUCAUUCCUGCAUGUUAUUAUGACACGGUUACACAAGGCAUCAGGUACUGCGAAUCUGCUACGCCAGGAAGUGUGCCAGCUGAAGGCAUGCAAGGGUGCUGAUAUUUCGCAAGCAUGGCAACAAAUGCUGUCCGUCAUCGCAACAGCUAUUCCCGAAGUGAAAAUCAAUUGUGAAGAUUUGGAAGUUACAUCUGCAGUGCUAGCGAAUCUGAUAAGCUACCUGCAUGCCACGGCUGCCGCUGCUAUCAGGAAAGCGUCAAUAGCACCAUCCAAAGCUGCUGAAGCCAUCCCCGAACCGGUGAUUGACAAUUUGUCUCACCUUGCUGAAAAGUACCAUGGUGGUUGGUGCUUGGUGGCCGUGCGACGUGAGCUGGAAGGAGCAAGGUGUCGCAACGACAACUUGCUGCAGCUUAUACCUUUAUUUGGCAAGGAUGCCGUGACAAGCCUUCAGCCUUGUUUGGAGAAUUCAGGUGGCCCGGCGUGGCUCGGAAGCUCUGUAUAA